AUGUCAAAUUCAACUCCAAGGAGACGUUUUAUAGGCCGGGCAAACGCUAAGCAAAUACGAGUACCGGAGAACCCACAAGAGAGCAUUGUGGGAAAUAUUGAAGACAGUAUUGCUCCAGUUCGCGAGACGCCGUCGAGGCGACACAGAGCUGUCAACCUAAUUCCUACUGAGAUACUCGAUGAUCCCCUUUUAAAUAAAGCCAUUGAACAGCUUCCUUCGAAUUAUAAUUUCGAACUUCAUAAGACAAUCUGGCAUGUCAAGCAAUCGAAUGCAACUAAAGUCGCUCUUCAAUUUCCUGAAGGUCUUCUAAUGUUUGCCUGUAUAAUUGCAGACAUUCUCGAGCAAUUCUGUGGAGUAGAGACGUUAAUCAUGGGUGAUGUCACGUACGGUGCAUGCUGCAUCGAUGAUUUUACGGCGAAAGCUCUUGAAUGUGAUUUUAUGGUUCAUUACGGGCAUAGCUGUCUGAUACCUGUGGAUGUAACUACGGUGAAAACUUUAUACGUCUUCGUAGAUAUUGGAAUAGAUACUCAACAUUUUAUUGAUACUAUCCGCAAAAAUUUCGAUGAGGGGAAAGAAUUAGCUAUUGUUGGUACCGUGCAAUUUGUCUCCUCUAUACACGCUGUUAAGAGAACACUCGAGCAAGAUUACAGACUUGUUGUCCCGCAAUCUAAACCUCUCUCUCCCGGGGAAAUCCUUGGAUGUACUUCGCCGAAGCUGGGAAACUUAGAUGCCCUAAUAUACCUUGGUGAUGGGAGGUUUCACCUCGAAUCUAUUAUGAUAGCAAAUCCGGAUGUUCCUGCUUUUCGGUACGACCCGUACUCAAAGAAGUUUACCCGUGAAUAUUAUGAUUAUGCUGAUAUGCAUUCCUUGC